CUCACUUAACGCAUGGACCAGUUACCACAUGUCCUUCAUCAUUGCAUUUGGAGUUGUUCUCAACUUUCAUCAUGCCUAGGCCAAUUUUACGAUUAGACGACCGCUAUGAUGAUGGGGAAUUUGAAGGGGGAGAUCUUGGAACAGCGUCCUCGGUGCUUUCUUCUUCGAUAUUUUCUUCUUCGUCCAAUGCUUCAUCUUCCUCCUCUCCUCGAACUCCAAAGAAAGGUUUCGCCCUGCCUGCGUUGAGAAAACACGUCUCAAGGAGGAAAUCAAGUCUCGACCAGCUACAAAUCCCUUCACCUUCAUCACCAGACCUUACCAAUACCAAGAUUGCUAAGCUUGGUCGUCCACAACUCACGCGUUCUGCUACGUUACCAAAGGUUCCUCAUCUUCAAAAUAGAUCGGACAAACUUAGGGCCGAGUUGGAAGCAUUGGAAGUAGAUUCUGCUCUUUUGGAGAAGAUACGAAGAUGGAUACUUGGAAUAGCAAUUGUGAAUUUUGACAUAGAUGAAGGCCCAAUGGUCGAUGGUGUCUUUCCUCCACUUGUAUUAUUUCCCAAAGAGUCAGAAAACAUUGCGUUCUCAUCAUUUCCAGAUUCGCUCCAGUUCGAUCAGGGCUUUCAAAUCCACUCAUUUCGAAUACGGGGAGAGAAAAUUGCAGUCUCGAGCGAGAAAAGGCCAGCUAAUAUCGAUGAAUUCAUAUAUGGAUUCUCCUACUUCACGCAGAAGAGGGAUUCGACGUUGAAACGAGGCUACGAGCAGCGCUCCGUAGUCAUUUUGACAUCCCAUCCUUACCCUGCCUUCUUCUCUAUCAUCUUAUCCAUCUUCGGACCUAUGUUUCAAGAACAUGGAACGCCGAUGUUGGAGGCGGCCUGUCAUAAUAUAGCGAUGUGGCCUGAUCCAACACCUGGGACCGUGCUUGAAAUCGGAUUUCUAGGCACCGUGUUACAAGUCGAAAUUCCACAUUCAGGAAAUGACGCUCAACAAAUCAGAGCCACUGUAUUCAAGAAAAAUGAUUUUGAUCCCAAGCUACACAUCCUCGCUUCGGCUCCGCCCUUUAAUCCACCUCCAAUUCUCUUAUUUGAAGCUAGUCUCUCACAUCUAUGGUCGAUAUGGGAGUGUGUAGUACUCUGUGAACCUAUCUUGUUAUUCGGUACCUCCCCUGCACAGACUAGCCAGGCAGCAUGGUGGUUCAGAGAUAUUUUACGUCCGAUACCCCUUGCUGGAGACAUCCGGCCGUAUUUUACUAUCCACGAUACAGACCACACCCUGCUCAUUAACAAACUCCCGCCAAAGCCCGGGUUGAUACUUGGUGUCACCAAUCCUUACUUCGACCGUUCAUGUUCGCAUUGGCCUCAUCUCCUCAGCUUAGGCCGAUAUAUUCCACCGAACACCGCUACGAAGACGUCCUUGACUACGGCUACACCCGGACCACCCCCCGGAUGGACGACGAAGUUGCAUAAAAGAUACAUAUCUAAGGACCGUACAUUGCUCAAGCAGCUCGAAGACGCCUGUCGGGGCUCUGAGCAACAGAAAAUAGAGGCGUCUCUCGCCCUCCGUCUACAUUUUUGCUCGAGAACUAACGAGCUCCUUAUACCACUUACUAGAUACCUCCAUACACUAAUACCUACACCAACCGAAAUAGCCCAAAUAGAGAGGAAGAUGGGCAAGGGUGACACUAGCCCUAAGAGCUCGUUACGACUCAAGCCUUUCCACUCCGCCAACUUCUUCCUGUCUCUGAAGAGUCAUGGGUCGACCUUACCGUUUCGCUCUUCGAGCAAGCGAUUGGAAUUUUAUGAGAGGUGGUUGAAGACUCCAGCUUUUGGGCUGUGGCUGGCAGAACAAGAGACUAUCGUUCAAGAUGUGUUACAUGAUAAUGUUGGUCGGAAAUUUUAGACCAUAUCUCAGACUCUUUGACGCUGUUUCAAUCGUUCUCCUACCUGGUUGGAUGACUCCAAUACAUGUUGCUAUAUUCCCCCGUAUCACUUUGAGGUAUGCAGAUCAACAAAGAUAAUCAGGGAAGGAACACACCACAAAGCGGAUUCAAAUCCUAAAUAAGUGUAGCUUCGCUUCUGCAGCUUGUGGUGGAGUGCCAGUCCUGAGGGUCUGGGUAUUAGUAAAAAAUUUGCUCGCUGAUCAUUCUCGAAGAGUUCGGGAAUCCCGCAACCAUCUGCAGCCAUGCGUUUUCGAUAAAUACUGUACAUACUUUAAAUUGAGCUCCGACAUCAUCUGGCGCAGUGGUACGCGGAUGAUGUAGCCCGAUGGGGCACAGUAUGUUACAGUAAUUUGUAUUCACUGAC